GAGUUUGUCUAUUCAACCAGUCAAAUUCAAAAGCUUGAAGCACCAAGUUGAUAAAUAGUAAUUAUGUCUUAAGCGCCGUGAAUGUUUACGUGAUAAAAAAAAAUUAUUGAAAUUCUGUUAAAGCAAAAGUUAAUUGAAAAAGAUAAAAACGAACAGCGGGUUGUGGGUCGGAACGAGACCGCUAGUUUUUUGUGCGUUUUUUUAUGGUAAUAUAAGAAUAGCAAAUUGUAUCAAAGAGCAUAGCGAUUUUAUGACCAAAAACAUGAUAAGAUACCAUCCGAUUGGCGUACUUCUUUUCGGAUUAUUUACUAACAAUAGAUUAUUUACAUUCGCUGCGAUUACCGUUGAAAUACCUAUUGAUCAUGGAAUAUGCCAGAAUUGGACAGAAGCAGUUGAGGCAAAUGCUGGAAACUGUUCAUAUUCGUUACACACCCUACACUGCUUCGGUGGAAUGUCGAACAUUGAUUUACAUUCUAAUUCACACAAAUUGAAAGCGACAACAGAGCUAAUUCUGUGCGGAUGGCCCAAAUCGAAUUUUGAUGCUCCAACAAUUUUGAAGCAUUUCCCUCGACUGAAGGUGCUGAGAAUUGAGCAUAGUAAUUUGACGCAUAUAAAUAAUGAUUUUCCAGAAUUGGUCCACUUAGAGAGCGUCAACAUAUCAUGGACAAAGUUGGGCUACACACGACCGACUUUAUUCAAAAAGCUGACCGCCCUAAAAUUCGUAGAUUUGCGUUGGAACAAGCUCGACCAUAUGGAAGGUCCAUUGAUAUUGCCGCAUAAAUUCGAAAGUCUCUAUUUAGCUGGCAAUCCAUGGAACUGUACCAGAAACUUAAAGUGGUUGCUAAAUCAAACGAAGGGGGAACAUGUGACCGAUCGUAAUUUACUGCAAUGCACGGAUUUAAAGUAUGGAAGCAGACCGUUGCUAACGGUUAUGCAAUAUAAACAGCACAUCAAAGAAGCAUGCUACAACAGCACUGAGUUACGCAACUGUUCGUGCACCGUGUCUUAUAUUCUCUUGGAAAGUGAUGGAACGUCUUUCAAACCAAUGUAUUCGAUAAAUUGCAGUCGUUUGAACUUCAAUCGGCUCCCGUCGUUUAUUCCCGAAAAUACUACUAGAUUUCAUGCCACUGAUAACAAGAUUACCAGUUUGGAGCCGUUAAAGAGUACGUACAAGCAUGUCCGCGACAUAAACUUAGACUAUAAUCUCAUCCAGUCGAUUGACAUCCUGGAAUCGGAUCGAGGCUCCGACGAUUGGUUGCAAACAUUUCAGAUGUUCAGCUUGAAGGGCAACAAACUGACGAAACUUCCCGUGUACGUCGUAGACCAUGCACUCGAACGUAACGGUCACGGCGACUUAUAUUUAAGUCAAAAUCCGUGGCGUUGUGAUUGCAUAUUCACAUUGCGUUUCCAAGAUCUGUUACAGAAGUAUCAGGACAUCAUCAAGGAUUCAGAAAACGUUACCUGCAAGUACAUCGAAGGCGAUCCUAAUUUUGGCGUUAAAGUUUUGGCGCUGAAGCGAACGGACGUUUGUAAAUUUCCCGACGAACCGAAAAUCAAGCCGUGGGAUUUGUUGAAUGGAGUUCUGGGAUCGUUGAUUCUAUUGGUGAUGGGGAAAUUGGGAUACGACUACUAUCAUUACAGAAAAUCGGGCAGACUGCCAUGGAUUGUGACAAAGUUACCGUAGAGAUG